AUGAAUAGAAUUGAUAUAUCGAAUUUUGAUUUUCUAUAUGUAAUAGGAAAAGGAACUUAUGGAAUUGUAUAUAAGGCCUUAGAUAAAAAAGAAAAUAACUUUGUGGCAAUAAAAAAAAUUAUAAAUCUUUGUGAUGAGAAUUAUGGAAUAAGCAAGUGUAUAUUAAGAGAGUUGACCAUACUACAAAAAAUUAAACACAAAAAUAUAAUAAAUUUAAAAUACGUUUUUUAUGGAAAAGACAUAGAAGAUAAAUUGAAAGGAGAAAACCUGGAAAAUUCGUGUUUAUAUUUGGCCUUUGAAUAUUGCGAUAUAGAUUUAUUUAAUUUAAUUAAGAAGCAUAAUUUGAAUAUUAAAGAAAUAAAAUAUAUAAUUUUUGAAUUAUUAUUAGCAUUAAGUUAUUUUCAUUCAAAUAAUUAUAUACAUAGAGAUAUAAAACCAGAAAACAUUUUUAUUACAUCUCAAGGGCAAAUAAAAUUAGGAGACCUAGGUAUGUCGGUUGAAAAAAGUGACCACAUGACACCUACAGUUGUAACCUUAUGGUAUAGGGCUCCAGAAAUUUUAUUGAAAUCAACGAAUUAUGACCAGAAGAUUGAUAUAUGGAGUUUGGGUUGUUUAUUCAUGGAAUUAAUACAGGGAAAACCUUUAUUCCCAGGGAAAAACGACUGCACUCAGCUAGAACUGAUUUAUUUAUUACUUGGUGAUAAAGAUAAUUUAACAUCUGUUGACAAAGAAAGAAAUGAUAUGUUUCCAUAUUUUGAGAUAAAUAUGUUAAAAGAUGCUAUAGAUGAUGAACAUACAGUAGAUUUAAUUUCUAAAAUGUUAAUAUAUGACCCUAACUACAGAAUAUCAGCAAAAGAAGCUUUGAAGCAUCCUUGUUUCCAGGACAUUGAGCAAGUAAAAUUCUCUUAUAAUUUUUAA